AUGACAGAUAACAAUAGAUUCAACGCUUGGGCAUGUGCUGGAAAAGGCAAACCUUUGGCCAAAACAAACGAAUUAACCUUAAAACAAUGGGACGAAGACUCUGUAGAAUUAAAUAUUACACAUUGUGGUAUUUGCGGUUCUGAUAUUCACACCAUGGAUUCCGGCUGGGGACCUACUCUUUACCCAUGUGUCGUUGGUCAUGAAAUUGUAGGUGUGGUGGCUAAAGUAGGUAAAAAUGUCUCUCAUCUCAAAGUAGGCGAUCGUGCUGGUGUCGGUGCUCAAUGUGGUAGUUGCCAUCAAUGUCAAAACUGUAAAGAGGGCAACGAAAAUUUAUGCAUGAAUAAUUUUGUCGGUACUUAUAGCUCCAAAUGGCCCAAUGGCGAUAAAACCUAUGGUGGUUAUGCGGAUCGUUGGAGAGGUGAUUAUCGUUUCGCGUUUAAAAUACCCGAUAAUAUGUCGAGUGAAAUUGCUGCUACUUUCUUUUGUGCUGGUGUUACCACCUAUGCGCCUUUAAAACGUGAAAAUGUCAAUUCCACCUCCGUCGUGGGUAUCAUGGGUAUCGGCGGUUUGGGUCACUUUGGUGUUCAGUGGGCUAAAGCCAUGGGUGCUAAGGUCAUUGGUAUGUCUCAUAACGACAAGAAGCAUGAUGUCGCUUUAGAACUCGGUUGCGAUGAAUACCUUGUAACCAGCGAUAAAGAAGCCAUGGCCAAGUAUAGACGAUCUAUGACCCAUAUUCUUUGUACAGGAACUGGACAAGACUUUGACUGGAACACCUAUUUGGGACUUUUGCAUGCCAACGGUCACUUUAUCAAUGUAAGUAUGCCAGACUGGAAUUUCCCUGAACUUCAUCCUGUGGUCUUCGUGAUGAACCAAGUACAUAUCAGUGGUUCUGCCAUUGGUUCACCCAAGGAGAUUGAAGAAAUGCUCGAAUUUGCUGCUACACAUGGUGUCAAACCUUGGAUAGAAAUUUAUGAUAUGGAUAACGUUGUUCAAGCAGUAGAAGACUUCAGAGCUGGAAAGCCUCGUUUCCGAAUUGUCUUAAAAAACUAA